AUGCUGGAGAAGGGCAAACAAUACAAAGACGCGAAAGCCUUGAAGGUACAUGUGGCGGCCCUGUUCGCGGGAGCUGGCCGUAGCUUUCAUUCCGGUAACGGAGGCGGCAGACAAAAGAAGCAUAUCUGCAAUGGCGCCAAAGGAAGAUGUCUGGCUGAAGUGCGCGCCUGCAAGCAGAGGUCGGGAGAGUUCAAGGUGACGUUCAUCAUCCCGGACCACAAUGACUGCUCUGGCGGCAAGGUCGGAGCGAGAUCGGCUGCGCUCGAGGGUUUCGCCAGUGCUGCCAUGGUCAGCAACCCGACCGUGAAGGGCACGGACCUGAAAAGGAGCCUAGAGCAGCAGACCGGGCUCAAAGUCAGCUACAGCGCGGCGUCACGCCUGAAGGUCGCGGCUACAAGGGCGUCGAAGGAGCAACUGGAGCACGGGUACCGCAUCAUGACCUCUUACUGCAAGGAACUGGUGAAGGACUGCCCGGGAUCGAUUGCGGUGGUGCAGGUGGUGUUUACGGGCCUCAACGAGCGACUCGCGCCGCCGGAUGGGGUCUCGGGACCAGUAGGGUUGCAAGAACUCACAGACAGCAUGUUGAAAAUGUUCUCACAGAUCCAAGUCUCGCGCAUUCCCACUAUGCUACAGCAGUUUAACGUCCCCGAGGGCACGCCUUUUAAGACUUGGUUUGCAGAAAUCAGGCGGUUGAUCGAGGGCCUCCGUUGUUUUGGGGACCGUUGCCCAGAAGAGUCCGCCCUGAUCGCGUGUGCCAUCGAAUGCCUCAGCAUCCAAUUCCCAACGGUAGCGAUGAACUUUGCCGACAAGCUGGCUAAGAUCACCACUUCCCGCGGGUUCUUUGCCCUGUUCAAAGACCACACGUCCAGCGCCAUCCCAGCACAAGCGCCAACCCACGUAGGAGCAACCCCGGCUAGACACUCUUUCCCAACACAGAGCAAAUCACAGCAGCCGCGAGUCAUGAUGGUGCAUGGGGGAACAUACGAUGUACUUGACAACGGCACAACCUAUGAACCGGUAGACGAGGACGAUUGGCAGGAAGUAAUGGAGGUGAAAACACAAACACCCACGGGCAAGCCGGCCAGAGGCAUUCGGUUGUUCCAAUACUCCUAUAACUCAAAAGAGGCCCAAGAGGGUAGGGAGAAGUGGGGGCAGUUGCGGAGGUAG